UGAACGGACGUCCGCCUCUGUCAAGGGCAUUGGAUAAUAGCGUUAGCCGGUACUAGCAGUGGCUGUUCGCACGUGUAUUGAAAGAAACUCCACAAAGUCGCACUUUCGAUAACGACUCCUGUGGAAAUGGACGGCUUCAGUUCAGACUUCUCAGCCGGAGGAUCGGGGGGCAAAAUGGACACCGGCACCAUCAUGGAGCAAGUCAAGGUCCAGAUCGCAGUGGCUAACGCUCAGGAGCUGCUGCAGAGAAUGACGGACAAAUGCUUCAAGAAGUGCAUAGGUAAACCUGGAAGCUCAUUGGACAACUCUGAGCAGAAAUGUAUUGCCAUGUGUAUGGAUCGGUACAUGGAUGCCUGGAACACCGUGUCCCGAACGUACAACUCCAGGCUGCAGAGGGAAAGAGCUCGCAUGUGAACGUCCCUCUCUCACGUUCCUCCCUUCCUCUGGCUGCUGCCCACAGUUAGGACCAGCUCAGUGCACCGCUGGAAGUCUCAAGCUGUGCACAGGUGUGGCAGUGGCACACUAUCGACUUCUGCUAUAAUACCUCACAGACAGGCGAGCAGAGCUUGUGGACUUUUGCCAUAAUGUGGACAUUUUUAUUUUGUUCUGAGUUAGUUAAUUAUUUGUAUGUUGUAUGUUAGACAUAAUUAAGCUUGUCCUUUGCAGUUUGAUUGGAAACUCUAAAUUGUGUGUUGGAGUGAACUUGAGUGUGAAUGGGUGCUCGUACGCAAGCAUCCGUGCUGCCUCUUAAACACCGUGUCUUGUGUAGGCAUGGUGUUCAGCCUCCUCCUGAACAGGAAAGCAGUGCUGACACAUGUGGCUGAAUGGAGACACUUACUCUGAUAUCUUCCUUUUGUCACUUUGAAGUGAAAUCCAGAUUUUGACUGAAUUAUCAUGUACACACAGUGCAGUAAAUGGAACUCCUUCUAAAGUGUGCAAAUUGUUUGCACCUGCAAAGUAUGCAGCACACCUGGAGCCAGUAAGGGGCUAGACUUAAAAGAUCUACUUAACAACUAUCAAGAAGAAUUGAGGAGCAAUUUGGUGUUUUCACAGCCGCAAUUCUGACAUUCACCAGCCUCCAAACAGACCUGUAUCAAAGUACACCCUGAGAACAAAACAGUUUUGUCUGAGCAUGUGUUUUACUUGUCACUCUAUCUGUUGCCCUCUACAGUAGUGGGCUUGUUUCAGCGGGGUCUGCCUCGCUCUAGACUGUGGCUUUCUCGGCUUCGUGUGUGCGGGUUGUCAGAUGUCUGGGAACCUCAGCCCACCUUUUUUCCCAACUGAGUUUGUGUCACAAUUAAGAGCCAGACAAGCCUGUGAGCACCAUUUGCAGAGUGAUUGUGAGCAAAAGGAAUAUUUUCCGUGAAAAAUAAAUCUUGUCAACUGGUUA